GAAGGAAGAUUGGAGUCGCACGCAAAGAGAGCCGCGGAGGCAUAGUCUCGCUACGCCUCGCCAUCUCCACUCGGACCAGUGCUCUACGUCCCACGCCCCUCUUUCCGUCCCUCCCGUCCGCCCCAUGGCUUCCGCCAAGGUGGAUAAUCGCGGCUCGUUCGGAUCCAAACGGUCACGUAAUGAAGCUUCUCGGAGUGACGGAGAUUGGACAUGCCCUCAAUGUGGUAACAUGAACUUCAGUUUUAGAACCGUAUGCAAUCGUGGAAAAUGUGGUGCUCCCCGACCAUCAGCUAGUGCAAGUCCAAGAAUAGGGCCAACACCCAUCCCUGGAGCUUUUGAUCAUGCAGCACCUCUUUACUAUGGAGGUGUUGGGGCACCACCACCCAUGCCACUUGGGAUUUCCGGUGGCUAUGGUGCCCUGCUUCCACAUGUGGGCAUGCGUUAUGACUAUGGGCUACAGAGUAGUGCUUCUGGACCAUAUGGUCUUUUAUCUCCAUAUGGUCCACCUGGACCAAUGGGAGGCAUGGGUUAUGGUCCUGGCCCUAGUAUGGACCAGUAUGGAUAUGGGUACCGAGGUUCACCAGUACCGUUUCCAAGUCCAUGGUCUGAAGGAGCUCUACCUGAUAGCAAUGCUUCACGAAAACGCCGUGGAGGUCCUGAUGGGUUAUCAGAAGGUGAUUGGAUCUGUCCCAAAUGUGACAAUGUCAACUUUGCCUUCAGAACCACUUGCAACAUGAAGAAAUGUGGAGCUCCCAGGCCUACUUCUGCUUCUAGUCACGGGGCAUCUGGUAAUAAGGAUUAUGCGGAUGCACCGGAAGGUAGCUGGACCUGUAACAAAUGCAAUAAUCUUAACUAUCCCUUCCGAACCGUCUGCAACAGGAAAGGAUGUGGAAAUGAGAAGCCUUCAACGAGCAAGUAGACAUUUAACCAGAUGGUGCGAUUAAAUAUUGUUCGAGAAUGAAAUGAGAACAGGGAUUUUGAUUUAGAUGAGAUAGUUAUUGUGAAAUCUCAGAUUGCGGUUCCAUAAGAUGAUCAAUGGUUGCUUAUGCUGAGUUUGGACCAUUUUGGGACCUGUACUGCAAGAAUUUUAGAAGCUAUUGUUGGCAUUUUGUGUUGGUUUGGUGUUGUUGGAGCAUAUGAUGAAUAUGAUGCUUCUUCUCUGUGAUAGGAAUUGUGUGGCUUUCGCCAGGGAAGUUUCUACA